AUGGAGGAGGCCAGAGCCCGCGACCGCGCGCCACUCACCGUCAUCGUGGCCCCCAGCAACGCAUCGCCCCCUCGCCUGUCGCCUGCCGACCUCCUCCCAGACGGCGAUGCCGCGUUCCACCCGCUGUCCGCCGUCAACGGACGCCUGACCCCGCCGGGGCUCGAGCCCGCGUCGUACGCGACCCUCACUCCUCUGCUCCCUUUACCGCCUAUCAGCACAGUCUCCGACAAAUUCGCGUACCAUGCUGGCGGCACGUUCACUGUCAUACAGCAGCAGCAGUCGUACGCGUCGCUAUCCCCGGCUAAUUACAAUGAGCCGUUAUCACCCCAGUCGGCUUAUAGUAGGAGGAGUGCGUCGCCGAACUCGUUUGAAAGGCGGUCGCCUACGCCGCCCCUGCCCAGCCCCGGGCUCGACCUCAACGCGGCGUUGAUGGCGCGUGAGGAGCAACAGCAACAGCAGCAACAACAACAACAGCAACAGAACGACACGGAGGAGAUAAACACAAAGGAACUGGCUCAAAGGAUAAGUGGCGAGUUGAAGCGGUACUCGAUACCCCAAGCGAUAUUCGCGCAGAGGGUGUUAUGUCGGUCACAAGGGACGCUAAGCGAUUUAUUAAGGAAUCCAAAACCCUGGUCGAAGCUCAAAUCCGGACGGGAGACGUUUAGAAGAAUGUGGAAAUGGUUGCAAGAGCCCGAAUUUCAGAGGAUGUCCGCGCUGAGGCUAGCAGCGGCCCAGAUUCCACAGAGAGGCAGCUGCAAGCGCAAGGAGGACAUGAAUUCGGAUACUCUGCCUUCCCCGAAGAAGCCACGUUUGGUUUUCACAGACCUCCAGCGGCGUACUCUACAGGCUAUUUUUAAGGAAACAAAACGACCAUCAAAAGAAAUGCAGGUGACCAUAGCGCGGCAGCUCGGUUUGGAACCGACGACCGUCGGAAACUUCUUCAUGAACGCUAGGAGGCGUUCCAUGGACAAGUGGAAAGACGACGACGCCCCCACGGAACUUGAGCAGCUGGACAGCCAAGACCUGGACCACGUGCCGAGUCUGGACUCCGCCGAGUCAGAGGAAGACCACGAUGAACACGAAGACCAUCUGUUGUGACGCCGCAUACCGCAGCAGCAUCUGCUAGUGCUAUGAAUGCUUGGAGUUGUCAGGGUCGAAUGUUCUUGUGAGUUCAGGCAGGCGCUUACGUUCUUUUGGACGGAUGCGCUAUUUGUCUUCUCGUUCUUCUUUACUACCUUAUCUGUAAAUCUUCUUUUGGUCUUAUUAUUAAUUAUUGUUCUUCUCCCGGUGUAUAUUAUCCUUUUUAUAAGGCAGUUUCUUCUGUAUAUUAUUAAGAAUGUAUUUCCGUUUAUAUUAUAUAUGUCGCAUUGAACAUAUCUUCGUAUGUUUGAAUGAGGUCACUGUUUGUGCGUGUAGCACUGAUGCAUGUUUCUGUAGUCUUACAAGAUUCAUAUUCUGAAGAAUUAUGUUGAUUUAAAUCAUUACAUUUUGCUAUCUUGACAACUUCAAGCUCUAAGUGUACAGUAAAGGUUAAACAUUAAUGUGAGGUGUAGACUUUGACUGGCAACUUAAAGAGCCAAUUUACAUCACAGUGAACAGAAGAGUAAUUGUCUCUUUUCUUUUGUUACCUCGACGGUGAGAGAGAAAGAGAUGAAAAGAGAGUCGAGUGCUCUUCAAGUUUUAUAAGUAGGUAGUAAUGUUUGAAAUAGUGAAGUAAUCAUAGAGUUUGCUCUGCAGUUCAUUGUUUUGUAAAUUAGCUUUUAAAUGACACUGAUCUCUCAAUAUCUAACGUUUCUAGUCAAACGUAAUCAAUUAGUUAUAAUAAUUUAUAUUUAGAAUGACAAUGUUUUGGUUAAUUUAGUGUAUAGUAUAUCGUUUGGGCACAUUUUAUAUUAUUUCCUUUAACGUAUCUGUAGGUUUUCUUCAUAGAUAUCUACUUGUUUUAUCUGGAAAACUUUGUAAGCUGGUUGGAAAAGUUUUCAUCUUUAAAAGCAAAAUUGCUAUUUGAUAUUUGAGCACUUAAGAGUAAGUCCAUUUUGUUGAGCAAAAAGUCAAAUAGCAAUAUGGCUUUUUAGAUGAAAUACUCGAUCUGGCCUUUUCAUAUCCCCUGGAAAUCAUUUACUUAUAAGUUUUUAUCCUGAGUGACUAUUGAGUUCAUUUACAAAACAGCCAAUUGCGUUUUCUGUUCCAUGUGCUCAGACGAUUACUAAUUUUAAUAGUUGUAAUAGUAAACGCAAUAAUAAUUCAAGCUGUCAUUAUGCGAAAGUGACAUUUCAAUUAGUCAAAAUAUCCGAUUAAAUCGGAUAAUCUUAGGCAAAGAGCGUUCUCUUACAUUAUCAAAGAACUGUGUAGGUUAUUUAUUAUAUUUUAUAAUACAAGACUUAUUUUUUAAAAGCAUUCCAUAUUUUGUUGUAUAGCUUAAACUGUUUGGAGUAAAUAAGUCGUGGUUUGAGAACGUUUCUCGGGUAACUUUUGAAUUUUGGUAUUCAAAAUUUUGAACAGCAAAAUUGUUUCUGUUUUUUGACGACAAAAUGUCGCAGUUAAGAAGUUGUUUUUCUGAUCUGUAUAUUUUGUCUUUGUGUGUAUAAUUGGAAUGCACUAUAUAAUAAAUAAAUGGGAGUUACAUCAAAUGCAUGUAAACAAGAACAGCUUGCUGUAAGCCAGUUUCCAUUAAAUUUACAUUUUUUAGCAAGUACAGUCAUACAAUAGAUCACCAUGUUACAUUUUGUACCAUUUGCAAAUAUAAUAACCAAUAAAAUAAAAUUAUCCAGCGUUACUCGACGGGCUGUACACUUGUUAUUGUGUAUAUAUAUACACACACACACACAUCUUUUGUAAAAAUAUAAAAAGACGCAUAAUGCAUCGACUUACUUUGCACAUAAAAUAAUGACGAUUAUUACUUUAAUACAGAUAAUAGUAAAAUUUAGUUACGCCUCUAGUCAAGCGAUCUCCUACCAACAUUCCAAAACUUAGAAAAAGUAAACUUGAAAUGAAAGCAAAUUUGAGCGUGAUAUUACUUAAAAUAAUAACUAGGAUAAACAUAUUUAUUUAAGAACAGCUUCGGUAAAUAUAAGAAAGGAAUCUAGUCCGCGAUGUGCAAAUGUAGUUAUUAAAAAAAUAACUAACACAAUAAAUACAAUUAUUCUAAAACUUAGGCUACGUUUUUACUCUGGCAUCCAUAUUGAAUUUUCGUAGUAAAAACGUGGCUUUAAAAUUUUCUGAAGUAAAAAAAAAACUUUUUGAUAGACUGUAUGUGAAAAGCAAAAUGUUGAAAGGACGCAAAGUACUUAAGUUAUUAAAUAAGGAUACAUUAUUUACCUUCAUUUAUUCUUAAGCUAUUUAUUUUUGUAUUUUUUGCUAGUCUUUUGUGUUCACCAAAGAAUUUUGUGCAAUUUCUUUUCAUGUUAGUUAAGCGUUACUGCAAAUAGUAACAAAUAUAUAUUCUAACUUUGUUUCUAAUUCCAUAAAUAAUAUAAAACUAACAGAAUAGGGUCUGAAAUAACAUGUAGAGUCAAGAUUUAUUUUGUCAAAUAGCGCAGUUCUUAAUUUCUAUAUGAAAACAUAAAUUUUGCGCACAAAAAAUGUUAUUUAGACCUGUGUGCAUGAAUGUUUAAAACCUAGACAAUUCAAUUAUAUUAGCUGUAGCAUUUUGUUGAUGACUGUACAGAGUACUUGGCGAUUUAUUAAAACCUUUUAAGCGAAAUUGAACUGUAUCAAUGUUGAAAAUGUUGUUAUAAAUCGCAGAGAGAUGAGACACACUGUUAAUGCUUUACUUUACUGCUACAGGAAAAUAUUCUUCAAUACAACUCUCUAUGAUCUAGUUGUACUCGAGACUUUGACAUGAUUUAAUAUUGUUUUACUAGAGAAACUUAAAGCUCUCACUUGGUGAUAAGGCGACAUCUCUGUAUGUAACUCUGGCAAUGUUUUUUUUUAAAUUGCAUUACUAUUCUUAUCAAGCAUAGUAAAGUUGAUCCCACUAGUCGGCAAAGGCCUUGACAAUUUUCGACUUUUCGCGAUUUCCGACUAAUUCCUCUAUCUUUUACGGGAUCUGUCUCGAUUUUUGCGUCCACGGACUACUUAACAGUGUGUCUAAAACUCACAAACACUGUGUACCUGUACAUUAGCAACUUCACUAGACAAAUCUUAUAAGCUGUAAGACAUUCCCGACAGUUUACGGACAGAAAUAAAUAUUUUUGUGUAUGUAU